UUCCAGUCGAUGUUGAUCUCCAGGGUGGACAAUCCAUUGUCCGGUCUAUGGGGCUAUUCCUGUCCCUUCUCACUUCCUUUGUUCCAAUGCUACUACGAUCUUACUCUCCCAUGUGGCAGUGUCAUGGAUCGUCUCUCAUUUCCAUAGACAAGCCUUUUUCUUGUGACUCUCUUCUUCCCGUCAAGCAUCGUGGGCGCUGGAACCAUUUCCACUUUGAAAAAAACCAGACCUGGCCGGAAAGGGCCAUGGGUCACGAACGAAACAGACGAGAGAAAGCAAGCGGGUGGGCUGCAAAGGUGAAACUAGCCCCAGGACCCUGUGGGAUGAUUGGCUCAGGACCCUGGCGGGGGUUUUAAUACGGGCGGUAAUACGGUGUUCUGACGGGUCCAGACUCAUGCCGAGCCUGGUUCCUUGUUCCUGACCUGAUCCAACUGGGCAGGUUCCGGGCUCAUCCUCUCGCCGUUUCCGUCCCUGUCGCUGGGGAAUUGACCUCUCAGGCCCUUUCGUUCUUCUCCGUCCGGUGGGGCGUCUGCUUAUUGGGAUUCUCUCCUGGACGGCUCAUUCACUGCACAUCCUCAGGGCCAAAUGAUGGGAACGGGAGGAUGGGAAGUCAACUCUAGACUCGAAAUCUGGUUGUUGGUUGGUUUUAAAUACACCCUUUUGACGUUGAGACACAUCCAAUGGACAAGACUCAGACACUCUGGUUCUAUUUCCAUCAAAUCUGACACCUUCCACUGAAACCUCUCCUAUAAGCAGAGCUGGCACUGCCAAAAAGAGGAGACUGCCGGACCGAGCGGGCCUCUGCCAAGACUGCCAAGAACACAAUGAAAU